UCUCCAGAAUGUAUUCUGCUAACCCAGCCAACUGGGUCACAUUUGAUGAUGAGCCACUUUCUCAGUCCCCUCAAAAAUCAAAGAAUUUUCCCCUGGAGAAUCACAGCAUCUGUAAACCAAAUGGACUUAAACUGAAUCUCCCUGGCGUCAAGGAAUCCUUUGGUUCUUCCUCUACAAGUGGUACCCCUCUCUCUUCUCCCAUUGUGGACUUCUACCUAAGCCCAGGUCCCCCAAGUAAUUCUCCCCUUUCCACACCUACCAAAGACUACCCUGGCUUUCCUUGUAUUCCCAAACCAGGGGGGAUUCAUGCACUUUAUCCUAUUCCUGAAUGGUCUUCAAACAGCCCACUUCCAACACCAGAGGCAGAGUCUUCAUUGUUCCCUUCUAAACUCAGUUAUCCUACUCAUUCAUCCACACCCAGUGAUCAUUUGUGUAAGCUUCCAGAUGUCAAAACUGAACUUGUGGAUGAAAGGAGCCCUCACCCUCACCAAUCUGAAAUCUUAGGCCAUCAACAUAACUUUCCGCAGUUUCAGUAUUUUCAAGAUGACUGUGCUUUUUCAAGUCCAUUUUGGAAAGAAGAGAAUUUACCUAGCAUCUCCCCUUUCACUUUGGACCCUGAGGGAAAAGAUCAAAGGUCCAGCAGAAAGAUGGCACCUCCUGAACAGAAAAGUCUCAAUCAAUGUUCAUUCAACUAUGUCUGUGAAAGACUUGAACACCUGCAAGCUACAGAUGAUGCUACAGACUCAAUUGGAAGCCUAUCUGUGCAGUGUCUGUACACUGGAGACAGCAGCCCUUCCUUUGUCCCUCAUACAUUAUUCAGAAGUCAGCAGAAAAUUGGGUGGUCCUUCAUGCUUAGAAUACCUGAGAAGAAAAAUAUGAUGUCUUCUAGGCAGUGGGGCCCAAUAUUCCUGAAAGUCUUGUCUGGGGGCAUUUUGCAAAUGUACUAUGAGAAAGGGUUGGAGAAGCCAUUUAAAGAGCUUCAGCUGGACCCAUACUGCAGACUCUCUGAACCCAAAGUAGAGAACUUUAGCGUGGCAGGGAAAAUCCAUACUGUGAAGAUUGAGCAUGUAACGUAUACAGAAAAAAGGAAGUACCAUUCUAAGACAGAAGUAGUCCAUGAGCCAGAAGUAGAGCAGAUGUUAAAAUUGGGGACCACAGACUACCAUGAUUUCCUUGGAUUUUUGACGGUAGUAGAUGAGGAACUGAUGAAACUCCCUCCUCUUUCCAAACAAAAAAGAAGCUACGAAGAACAAGAAAUUUCCCUGGAAAUCGUAGACAACUUCUGGGGAAAAGUCACUAAAGAAGGAAGGCUAGUUGAAAGUGCUGUCGUUACCCACAUCUACUGCCUCUGCUUCGUGAACGGAAAUACAGAAUGCUUUUUAACCUUAAAUGACCUUGAGCUGCAGAAGAAAGAUGAGCGCUAUUUUGAGAGAGACCCAGAAAAGAAAGGAAUUGAAAUUCUUGAAUACCAUUUUCACAAGUGUGUGAAAGCACAAGAGUUUGAGCAGUUGAGGAUCAUUAAGUUUUCACCCUUGGAUGCUUGUAGAUUUGAGCUGAUGCGUUUCAAGACAUUGUAUGAUGGGGAGGAUCUUCCAUUUUCGGUGAAGUCUGCUGUGGUUGUCCAGGGUGCGUAUGUUGAGCUCCAGGCUUUUGUCAACAUGGCCUCAUCUACUCUGUCGCCAACCCGUUCCAGUCCUUUGAGAUUCUGUGACAAUAUAAUGAUACAUUUUCCAGUCCCUACUCAGUGGAUCAAAGCGCUCUGGACCAUGAAUCUCCAGAGACAGAAGUCCCUGAAGGCCAAAAUGAACCGCCGGACAUGCCUUGGCUCUUUACAUGAACCGGAAUCGGAACCUGUCAUCCAGGUCACGCUGGGAACAGCAAAAUAUGAGAGUGCCUAUAGGGCAAUUGUGUGGAAGAUAGAUCGGUUGCCAGAUAAAAACUCAAGUCCUGAUCAUCCCCAUAGUUUGUCAUACAAGCUAGAACUUGGAUCAGACCAAGAAAUACCUUCUGAUUGGUACCCAUUUGCUACAAUCCAGUUUGUCAUGCUUAACAAUUAUGCUUCGAAGACAGAAGUGAAAUCUAUGGGCAUAGAGAGUGAUGUCCAGCCCCAAAAACAUGUUGUUCAGAAGGCUUGCUAUAACUGCCAGCCCAAGCUCUAUAGAUCUGUCAUUGAAGAUGUGAUUGAAGGGGUCCGUGAUCUAUUUUCAGAAGAAGGGGUGGAAGAACAAGUCCUGAAAGACUUAAAGCAGCUGUGGGAGACGAAGGUGAUGCAGUCUAAGGCAACAGAAGGUUUCUUCAGAAAUAGCCACCCGGGCCCCCUCUUCACUCUGCAGUUGCCACAUAAUUUGCACCAAACAAUACAGACGUCAACAGCAUCUUUAGUUAUCCCUGCUGGGAGAACUAUUCCAAAUUUCACUACUACAGAACUGGGCACCUCAAAUUCCAGUGCAAAUUAUAGCCUUCCUUCUGGUAUUGGUUAUCCCAUUCACGUACCAGCAGGAGUGACUCUGCAGACAGCAUCUGGACACCUUUAUAAAGUGAAUGUGCCUGUUAUGGUAACACAGACCGGAGGAGCAAGUAUCCUUCAGCAUCCAAUUCAGCAGAUAUUUCAGCAGCUUGGGCAACCUUCCAUAAUACAGACCAGUGUUACACAGCUGAACCCAUCCUCUGUUCAGGCAGCUACUGAAAAAUCACAGAGACUGGAAACUGUGCUCCCACAGCCCACAGUCCUCCAUCCUGGGCCAGUGGAAAGAAAGCAUUUAGAGACUUUGGCCACCAGCGAGACCCUUGCACAGCCACUUGUGGGAAAUGAACACAAAAUCACACCUGAGCUUCUGUUAAGUCAGCAGCCUAAUUCCUUGGAAAGCCCUCAGUAUAUGAAUCUCCCCGGCAUUGUAUUUACUCCACAGCCCUCUCAAACAGAUUCUAAUGGGGAGCCGGUGGUCAGUGUUUCAGGUAGCAUGACUCAAACUCUGGACGGUGAACAACUUUCCUUGGGUCCUCAGGACUCUUUUCACCAGCAGUCUGAUGUGGAGGUGCUCGUUCUCAAGAACAGGAUGGGUGAAAAUGGUUCCCUCAAGCAGACUCACAGCCUAGAAGAGCCUUGCAGCCUCCCAGCCUCAGAAGAGGAAUCCAGUGCACAAAUGGAUUUGAGUAUACAAACAAUUGAUGACAUUAAAGAAAUUAUCCAGAUAGAUGGAACUGGAGAUACAUCUUCAAAUGAAGAAAUAGGGAGUACGAGAGAUGUGGAUGAGAAUGAAUUUCUUGGUAUUAUUGAUGCAGAAGAUCUGAAAGUUCUUGAAGAAGAAGGUGAUAGUAUCUCCAAUGAAGAUUCAACCACCAAUAGCAGUGAUAAUGAAGAGCCCCAAAUAGACAUUGUAGAGGAGGACCCUUUAAAUUCUGGGGAUGAUGUUAGUGAGCAGGAUGUGCCAGACCUGUUUGACACGGAUAAUGUAAUAGUCUGUCAAUAUGACAAGAUUCAUCGAAGCAAAAACAAAUGGAAAUUUUACUUGAAAGAUGGUGUCAUGUGCUUUGGAGGGAAAGACUAUGUAUUUGCCAAAGCCAUUGGAGAUGCAGAGUGGUAAAUCUUGUGUGCUCUGUUUAUCAGCAUUUUAUGUCUAUGUAGACAUCAGUGAGUGUAUACUAAAUAUUCUUAUUUUUUUUGUUUUAAAUAAAAUAGUUUACCAAAACAUGCUAAUGUACAAAAUUAGAAGAACCUGUGUGUUUACAUUGAAGAUACAUGACAAAAGUACAAUUCUUUCUUUCCUUGUUUUUUUCCCAUGAGUUAACGGAUUCUUCCCAUUAUCUAUAUUCUCUAAAAUACAGGUAUUUAGCUUUAUUUGAUUUCCAAAGUGGUGAUGAUUGUCAAUAAUUGUUACAGAAACAAUAGUACAACAGGAAGAAUGCCCUAGUUUUUCUUUAUCUUUAUGGUUCCUUCUGCUUGAUAAAAAAUAGGUGUCAUUGUUUUGUACAAUGGCAUAUUGUAGGUUGUAUACCUGUUAAGUCAGUAAUUAGUAAUUUAUCUUUUUUUGUUUAAAAAGAAGUGAAGAUGAAGAAGUUGAGAAAGAUGCUGUGGUAAUGUUCAAAGUGAAUAGCAAAUAUUUCUCAUAAGAAUGGUUAAUGCUCUUAACUGUCAACAUUUUGACUAGUUUGGAUUGCCUGCUGGUGAAGUGGGAACUUAUGGGAUUGUGGUAAAGCUAUUGAAGGAAUUCAGAAAAACAUUCUGGAAUUUAGAAUUUUUUCAGGUUCUACAUUUGUAAUUCAAGUGAUAUUAAUAGUUUUGACCACAUCUGACAUUUUUAAAAAUACUGAGCUUUUGAAAAAAAAAAGCCAUUUGUUUGUUCUUGUGUAAUAUAUAUCCCUAUGAAUAUUAACUUAGCACUAUUUAAAAUUGUUGCAAGUAUAUCGAGCAGUUGAAUCUCUGUCCCAACCUCCUACGAAGCUUAAAUUAAAGUGAUUGAAACUU